AUGGAACCUAGCACACCCGAGACUGCAAGCCCUGACGAUGUCCUCUUCAACUGGCACGAUGGUUCUGUUGAUGCGCUUUUGGCGUUCACGCGGCUCGCCCACCGGAUACUGGAGUCGCAUGUGUUGGCAGCGGCAGACGGAGUAUCCCCUCUUCGUCCACUGGUGGAGCCCGACCUUCAACAUUGUCCAGUGCUCCGCUCAUUCCUAGAUGAGGCAAUCGUCGAUAUCCAGAGGUCUAGCUGCGCGACCGCUGGUAAUGACCCAGCCACCAUCGACUGCGCGAUCCGUGAAACCCGCGUCUUGCCGAAGCAGAUACAACGCCGUCCGCCACGUAAAAACAAGGACAACGACAAGGACAAGGACAAGGACGAGGACACAACGGACGAGGAUGUGGACAAGAAGGGAGACCAACACAAAGACAAAAAGCGGGUUAAAAAGCACGCCAAGCACACCCCGCGCGGUGGGAGUACCAGACGGCAGCCGUCUCGUGCCGCGAAGUCACAUUCCUCCUCGACCACCCAAGCAGCGCACAAUUCCCACACGACCAAUAUCGUCACUUGGGCGACAGAGGUUGCCACCGAGGCAAACAACCGCGCCGUCGACCAAAGCCCAGACAUGCCCUACGAGUUGCGCACACCUCCACGCGACACUGUGCCUGUUGGUGGCGACACUCCUGGUGCCGAUCUUGGUCGCCCCUUGAUGGAAUAUCUCCUCGAACCUGGCGCGGCGCUCAAGCGCCGUGUCACUGAAAUGACGACGUAUACGAUCAGUGGGCAAGUCCAUGCAGCAGCGGACGAGUACGCGGACGUGUAUGGGGGCGACGAUGUGGUUUCGGACGCGGUGGACCCGAGGAUGUACUUCCCCCAUCCCCUGACGAGUUAUUGGCGCUCAUUGCUGACCUCGGCCACACCAUAG